CACAAUCUAGCAACAUCACAACACUAUCUGUCAACGUCAACGCUCAAACGAAACGAAAAUAAAUUAUUUCACAAGGUGAUCAAAGAACGUAAUAACGAAACAAAGAUGAGUAUGCGCGAGGAAGAUCGGCAGAAGAACAACAACUGUCCAAGCCGCGGCCUCGGCUUGGCAGCCGCGGCUCUAGGCGUUGGUGUUGGGGCUGCGCUGUACUACUUCCUCAGCAAGAAGCCAGAAAACCCAGAUGGAGAAGGCUCCACCACAGGCUGGUCCUGCGAGCAACCUCAUGCCUUCAUGGAGAACAACUGCAACAACUCCACCACUUCCUUCGAAGACUCUUACACCACCGUCUCAGAAGCUACCACCACUGACACAAGCAUCCAUUCCGACUCUGAGGAUUCCUUCAUCGAUGUGAUACCCAACUUAGAGGAGUCCUUCUCCUUAUCCGACGACGAAUGGGAUGUGAGCGGGUCGUUAGAUGUUCCGAGUGAAGAGAGGAGCAGUGUGUCACCGUUUAGGAUGAUGUUUGGGAGCUUGGGCGCGUUUUUUAGCCCUAGACCUAGUGAAAGGAGGAGGCGUGGAUCACAAGAGGAGCGAGACAUAUUGCGCGCGCAGGCGUUGUCGGAAGAAGAACAGAUAAAGUUCCUAAACGCUCAGAAAUUCCGCGAGCGCUCGUGGUCCCUCGAGGAGUGCUCCAUCUGCUUCGAGAUCAUGUUAAAGGACCAGGACCUGACCAGCCUUCCGUGCUCGCACAACUUCCACUCGGCCUGCCUGGCGCCCUGGCUGGCGGAGCAGCAGACUUGCCCCAACUGCCGCAAGGCUGCCGAAUGAAGCUAUUACCUCGCGUUUUCUCAUCGUGUCACGAGGCGAGCGUGAGACGGGUCUCCGCGCCGAACACCGCAUCUGCCAGGUUGGUGAACCUCUGAAGAUACGUCCAAGACAAGUCAAAAUAAUAAUCAUGAACCAACACUUCAAGCGUCUAAAAACUUCACUGUAACAGUCUAAGGGCUCAUUUAAGGCGUGACAGACGAGUCAAUUUUUCGCCAAUCUGAUUAAAUUGUCCGAUCGAAUCAAGCCGUUAAUUUCUGAUCAAAUCGGUCGAUUUGAUCACCUCGUCUGGACUCCACUUUAGGCGGUGCGAGAACUCGCAUUCAAGUUUCAUUAUAUUGCGUUAUUUGAUCGGUCGGCUGAAUUGUUGUUACCUCAAUGGCCCGCAAUGUAACUAAAAUCGCAUGCGAGUUCGCGCGCCGUCUAAAUGAGCCCUAAAAACUUGAGUACAGUAGACAAAUUAAAAUAAAUCCUACAAAAUCUGACCAAUUGAUAAAAAUCGAGACAAAAUGUUCAGUGGUUAAGCACAACUUUCAAUGGGGCAAGUUUAAGCAGACUUUCAUUUGUGUCGUUUAACUUCAAACUCGGGUAACCUAUUAGUAAUAGGCUAUUACCUUUUCAUAGUACCAAUAUCGCAUAGUUUGACAGAUGGAUUUACCCGAGUUUAAAGUUAAGUGGCCCAUUUGUAGAUUAAAAGCCACGGUUAGAUGCGCUUGUUUGAACUGCGAUAUAGUUUUUCGUAUAAUAGCAACUAAUGUUUUAGAAGUUUUUUUCUAAUCGGCAUCAAUAAAUAGUUAUUUCAUUAGCUCGAAGAAAAUAGUAUCUAAGUUUUUUUUUCUUCAGAUGUCAGCCAAUCGAUGACAUAAGAUUACCGCCUCUUAUAGUUCUGAUUAAUGUAUUGUAUCAUAAUUGGUGAUUUUCCUGUUAAUAUUAACUAUGACAGUCCUGAUAAUAGUACUAUAGACGCAAUUGAUGUUCUUAAUAAUGUCUUCUAAAAUCUAGUCAUCGACUGUGAAGUUGACUGUUUUUAAAAUAACAAGGAAUACUCGCCACUAAAAUACCAUAUCUUAUGUAAAAAUUGUAUAUAUUUAAAUCUUUUCGACUUUAUAUUUCGAGAAGAAAUGAAAACUGCCAUUAAUAAUACCAUAAUGGCACUUUUUGUAAAAAUAGAUGAGACCGGAAUAUGCUUUAUAUUUAAUUGUGUUAUUUUUUUUUGCGUUAAUAGAAUAGUAGUAAGGUAAUAAGUCUUGUUGAGCAAUGAAUUUUAUUACUAAUAAUUAUGUGGUUUGAUUAUCAUGAGGGAAUGAGUUAAGCCCCCUUCAGACUCGCGUUCGCGGCUUCGCGCACGAGUGUGGAGCGGGCUUUACGCAACUAAGUAGAAGUGAGUUUUCAUUACAGACACAUAAUUUCACAUAUCAUAUAACUUUAUUUCAUAUAUUAUUUUAUAUAGGUGCCCAAAUAAUUGCAACAGUGGGAAAACACACUAAAAUGCCCUAUAAAGUUUUCUGUAUUCGUGGCAAACUGACAACAUGGCAAUUUUUUUUAGUUUCUUAUAAAUUACAUAUUCCGGUUCUUUUUCGGGAAAGGUGUGUUUAAACUCAUCUCUCAUGUUAAAUGAACAGCUUAAUAAUGUUAUUUACCAUUUAGUGAUAAUAUUUGUGGAUCAAAUAAAAUGUUAUAAGAUUUUACUCUUCAAUAAAUUUUAGUAAUUUUAGAUAGAGUGUCGCACCAAAUUAUGAAAUUGUAUUCUAGGCUUAUGCACAAACGCUUAACUUUAAGGUUCAAUUUGCUGUGGUAACAUUGUUCAUUC